AAGAUGGCGGCCUGUGCGUUACGCCGAGGUUUGUUGAGCACUGUCAGUAAAUAUAACAGCAAACACGCACAGCGAAUAUUGAGUGUCGUUGACAGCAGCAGCGUGUUUGAGGUGAACAGACCGCGGUUACAAUGUCAAGCCUGUGGACUGGCCGGCGGUGUUCAGCAGAGGAGGUUCAUGUCGUCACGGAACAGGCCUGAAGGGAAGAUUUUGGAGACAGUGGGAGUGUUUGAGGCUGUGAAGCAGCACGGCAAAUAUGAAACCGGACAGCUGUUUCUCCACAGUGUGUUUGGCUACAGAGGCAUCGUCUUGUUUCCCUGGCACGCCCGGCUCUAUGACAGAGACAUAACCCCGCCCAUGUCUGACAGCAAACCUGAGCCCCCAGGAGCCCAUGGUUCCAAGGAGGUGAAGGGCAAGACCCACACCUAUUACCAAGUCCUGAUUGACACUAGAGACUGCCCUCACAUAUCUCAGAGGUCCCAGACAGAGGCAGUGACGUUUCUGGCCAACCAUGAUGACAGCAGAGCCCUGUACGCCAUCCCAGGUCUGGACUAUGUGAGCCAUGAAGACAUCCUGCCCUAUAACUCUACAGAGCAGGCCCCCAUCCAGCACGAGCUGUUCGAGCGCUUCCUCAUGUACAACCCUGCCAAAUCUCCUCCGUUCACAGCCAGAGACACCCUGAAGGCGUGGCAGGAGAAGAACCACCCGUGGCUGGAGCUCUCAGACGUCCACAGGGAGACCACUGAAAACAUCCGAGUCACCGUCAUCCCCUUCUACAUGGGCAUGAGGGAGGCCCAGAACUCCCAUGUUUACUGGUGGCGUUACUGUAUCCGUCUGGAGAACAUGGGCAACGAGGUGGUUCAGCUGAGAGAGAGGCACUGGAGGAUCUUCAGCCUUUCAGGAACCCUGGAGACGGUCCGAGGACGAGGAGUCGUAGGCAGGGAGCCAGUGUUGUCUAAAGAACAGCCAGCCUUUCAGUACAGCAGCCAUGUGUCUCUACAAGCCCCCAGUGGUCAUAUGUGGGGGACUUUCCGUAUUGAAAGAACUGACGGCUCCCACUUUGACGUUCGCAUUCCUCCUUUCUCCCUGGAGAGCAACAAAGACGACAAAGCGCCCCCCGCUGGCUACUCAUUCUAACUGCGAGUAGUCACCUCCCACCUGUGAGGCCCUAGACACGCCCUCAGUUGUGGUCCUGUCUGAGGUGUCUAGAAUUGUCCUUCCCCUGUAACAUUGCCUCAGCCUUCAGCAUAAGACUAACAUGAGUCAGGUUAUGCAAAGGGAAAAUAUAGCACUGUCUAGAUCAUCCAAAUGCAGACCCACCUCGCCCUUUUCCUGUCAGAGUGCACCCAACAGCAAUAUACCAUCAAAUAAAUCAUAUAGGGUAGAAAGCUGAUGGGCAGUCCUGUGCUGCUUCACUCCAUGGUGAGCUUGAAGAGACGUGCACAGUCUAGUGGAAGAGCACUGAGAGGUAGAGAGAGGAGUUAAUAUUGCCAAGCUGAGCUGGACAUUGUUGUGCAUCCAGUAGCUGAAAUAUUGACCGGUUUGUUUUUAUAGUGGGAGUAUUUCCUGCAGAUCUCUGGGUUCAUGAAAAGAGCAACAACUCCAGCUGAGUUUCAUACUGAGACCUCAAUCGGUUGCUUCAGAUCAGCAUGUUACAAACUCCUCCUUCCUUUAAGAUGUUCUAGUUUGAAUUUAUGAAAAUGUGACUCAUGACUUUUAUCCUGGACCCUAUUUUCCUGUCAUUUUUAAAAUUCUAAUGCCACCCCAUCCCAGUGUAGGUAUGCUGCACCUCUGUGGGCCACUUAUGAGAGGAAAAUGAGAUUGAAUUUGAGGCUGGUUACAGUGCAGAAGUAUUUAGGUUUUCCAGUUUUCAUCACAUUCAAGCACAGUGGAUGCUAUUAGAGUCUGAAACUGAUCAGCAGCUAAAAGGCUCUUAAGUUUCAAAGUAAAAACGAAUCUCUAAAAAGUAUAAAAGAAUGAUUUUUAAAUUCACCCCUUUCAUGUCAUAAUUUAUGUAUUGCCGUCUGCAGUCUGUGGGGAGAGGACUCAGAGGACUGUCAGCUUUGUGUGUCUGAACACUACGAUUUUUCCCCACUCAUAAGUGUGAAACUGCUCAGGUCAUAGUUGUCCUGCUACACAUUCAGGAUCAAACCUCUUCACUUUCAAACAUGAAUGUUGUUCUGAAGCAUUCCAGGGCCUGCUGUAGAGAGGCGCCCCCAUAGCAUGAUGCUGCCACGUCCACAUUAUAUGGAAAGUUGAUGUGGGGUCUUUGGCUUAGUAUACAGGCUCAGCCAUGGCAGCAUGUAGCUCCCUCCAAGGACCUCUCCCUCAUUAGUGCCCAUCUCACACGGACACACAGUUUUUGAGGAUGGCUCGCCCUCGGAAGAUUUACUGCUGUGCCAUAUUCUGAAAACCUUACAUCCUUACACCCAGUGUUUCAAAAACGUUCUUGCAUCUUUCCUCUCAGUGGUAACUAACAAGUCACAGAGGUGUGUGUGUGGAGGUUUCUCUUGUCUUCACGAUGCCAGGAAAGAGAAAAGGCAGCAUGCAAACCUUCCAGAUGUAUUUAACCCUGAAGUCACUUCCCACACCUGAACUACACACUGAUCUCUGCUCUAAUUCUACUGAUGAAAAACAGUUAGCUGCUCCAAUUAUACUUUUGCUGUGACAUUAUAAAGGCAGUGAACACCAUCAAUUAUUUUGCAGUUUUUAAUGACAUCUGGUUCCUCUUUGACAUGUCCUAUUCUCUGGAUCAGGGAAUAAGACUGACUAGUCAUUCCAUCCACUGUGAUUUAAUGUCGUGACAGAUCAAACUAAAGAAGUCAAGGAGUACUGAAUACGCUUUAUAAGCAGUGAACUGUAUGUGUUGACUGCCAAAAAAGAGCGUCCCCUUCGCUGGGAAGGAGGCGUUGGUCAGGUCUUUGAAUAACGAAUGCAGCACACCAUUAAGUAAUUAAACCAGUGUAGUGGCUAACAGGAGAGGAGUGUGUGUAUGUGUGCGUGUGUAUGAAAGGUCUACCUACUCCUCUGCAGUCUGCUCUCCAAAAACCAGAAUGAAGUGUCCACCCUGCACACUCGCGCUCGACGUCUUUCGUUAAGGCUGACUGUUUGAACUCUGUGACAAGUUGUGAGCCUAAAUUUUCUCUGGCAAAACGAGGAAGGAAACCAACAUCUUCGUUUUGAUAAGUGAUUUGAAGCAACUGUGAUGGUUGAAAUGCUACUGUAAAUAGAGAUGUAAUUAAAGGCAAAACAAAUA